GAGCAUCCAUACCCUUGUUCAGAAUGCGGGAAAUGUUUUUCAUAUAAGUCUAGACUUUACAUAUAUCAAAGAUCUUACACAGGUGAAAAGCCAUAUGUCUGUCCUGAGUGCGGAAAAUACUUUUCAGUGAACCUUAGUCUUCACACACAUCAGAGAUCUUACACGAGGAGAAGUUGCAUACCUGUCCGGAGUGCGGGAAAUAUUUUUCAUCACAAGAGGGAGCAGCCAUACUCUUGUUCAGAAUGCGGGAAAUGUUUUACAUAUAAGUCUAGACUUUACAUAUAUCAAAGAUCUUACACAGGUGAAAAGCCAUAUGUCUGUCCUGAGUGCGGGAAAUACUUUUCGGUGAAGCCUAGUCUUCACACACAUCAGAGAUCUUACAUGGAGGAGAAGUUGUAUACCUGUUCAGAGUGCGGGAAAUGUUUUUUCAGAGAAGCCCUUUUCUUCAUAUACGACAGAGAUCUCAUAUGGGGGAAAAGCCGUAUUGGGAAUAAGAGGGGAGUGAGAGCGGCAAAAGUACUGAGAUUAAUAUAUUGCAUGGAAAUUGAACUGUAUGUAUUGAACUAUAUGUUUAAAUUGAGGAGGGGUUCACCCAGGGGGGUCUUAGAGGAAAAUCAGAAGGAGGACAACGUAAAACAGAUAAAGACCUAG